AUGGUUAGAUUCAAGAGCAGAUAUGUUUUAUUUGAAAUUAUAUAUCCACUGACUGAAGAGGUGGAUAUGUCAGGCUUAUCAUCGAAUGAUAUUAAAUUAUUAUUUCACAAAUACACACCAACAGAAGUUACUCCAAAAGUGAUUAUGACGGAUUUAAAAAAGAUAAUACAGUUAUAUUUUGGUGACGUUGGUUUGGGUCAUUCAACCUCAAUGUUUCAAUUGAAAUAUUUUUCAAAUAAGACUUCCACGGGUAUUAUAAGAUGCAGUAGGGAAGAUUGUGGUUAUAUAAUAUCUGGUCUAACUUUGAUGACGAAACUUGGAGCUCAAAAAAAUAUGAUUGUCAAUGUUAUUAAGGUAAGUGGUACAAUGAAAAAAAUAGAAGAGUUUGCAAUAAAAUGGUCAAAAGAUAAUUUAAAACAAAUCAUUAAUGAAAAAGAAAAUAGAUUAUUUGAACAAAGAAUUUUAUCAAUAACUCGAAAAGAAAAUGAAAAAUAA